GUUACACUAUCUUUGCGCCGUGGCAGUGAUUGCCUUGUUGGUCGGAGAAAGCCUUGUUUUCACCGGGUCCUCCUGCAGACUUCAGAAGAAGGGAGGAGUGCAAACAGAGUUUUCCGUAUCAACCUUCUCUCCGAGCAAGCUCAUCGAAAAACGCUCCAGGUAAAUCUUUGAUAAUCGAUCUUUGAAAAGUUUCCCCCGCCUUUCUGAAUGUAUUAUUAUCCACUCUCGGUCAGCUUUUGUGCAUUGCAUGCUGUGGGAGAUGGUGCUGAGCAUGAAUGGACCACUGUGUUGUACAGCAGUGAUAUUAUCCCACGCUACUGGACGCGUUGGCUUCUGCACUGUCCUUCGUGGGUGUGAGAUAAGUUGUGUUGAAUCUCGUAGUUGUUGUUGUGUUUGUGGUUUUGGUGACUUGUAGUGUUUCUGUCCACCCAUACAUGGUCACGGUGAUGUAACCGGUGAUGGAGAGAAAUAUGGUCGCCUCAGAAUGAAACUAUUUCCUCAAACUCAAACCGGUUUGAGCUCCGUCGCAUUGAAACAACCCACAGCUCGGCGCUGGUGAAUGGUUUUGCAAACGCUACUUGGUUUGAAGUUUUUGUUCACAGGUGCAGCGAAACAUGCCACUGAAGGAAAACCUCUGGGCCAAGACCUCCAGGGAAAAACAUUUUCAGGCAAAUUCUAGUUUGUAGCUGAUUCAUAGAAAUGUUUACGCCCAAAACUUGAACAUGAGUCGCAAUUGGUAAUGCUUUCUAGCAAAGGAUGGCACCGAGCAGUGAAUGUGAUAUCAGCUAGUUUGUUUAUUCGGCCUGUAAACGUUCACCGUAGAGUGCUAAUGCAGGAAGCUGUUUAAAUUUAGCAUUAGAAGCGUUUUAAAGUGGGUUGGGCCUCAAUUGAAGUGUGAGUUACAUAAUAUUUUGACAUUACACUCAGCCUAAGCUGAUGUGUACCGUGUCCAUGACUCUGAAGUGCACGCGCCAUUCUUCCCGCCGCCCUCUGUCGUGCACGUGCACGUGCUGGGCCUGCCUGGAUGAACGACUCCUUGUCACUCCACUUGAAUCUCCACUUUGGCAGGUAAAACCUGUUUCUCAACACGAGUCUGGAGAUUCAGGAUCAAACGCCAAAUUGUAGAUAAACUCAAACCAGUCACCAGUCAAAACAUUUUAGCAGAAAAUGACAUAACUGCAUGUCUGGUUUGUGCAACAUAGAUGAAACUAUACAUCAGAUCACUCAUUUGCAAAUAUUGAUUCUCCUCUUAAAACUUACAAUUUUUUCAGAGAGAAAGGAUUUAGCAUAUCUAGUCACUGAAACCAGAAAACAAAGUCGAAAACUUGAGGAACAGGUUAGGGAUGUCUUUCUUUAAUUGCAUCUGUUAGAUGACUGCAACAAGAGUAAGUGUCGUUAACUUGUCAGGUCAGUAAUCACAGGAGUGAUCGUGUGAGGUUUCUCCAGAGAUACAUGAACAUACAAGUAGGGCCUGACCGAUUUAUCAGUGAGCCGAUUAAAUUGGUCAAUUUAAGCCCGUUUGAGACUAAUUGGUAAUCGUCCAAAACUCGCAGAUUUUCACCAAUAUUUUCAGAAAUAAAAUGUGAGGAAUAAGAUUCGGUUACACUUUGAAAAUGUUCCGCCAUUUGAAAAGUUCCCCGACUUAUCCUGUAGAUGGCGCAUCGACCUCAUGACAAUCUUCAUCCACUAACUACCUCACAGCACAGCAGACGGACGUAUCUGAAGCAGGCAGCUCAGGGACGCACAGAGGAGAGCGGUCCACCUCGACCGUAAAUAAACCAGUUUGUGAAGUACACAAUAACUCAACAAGUUUCAGUUCAACCCGCUUUAAAAUGUUCUCGCUGUGCUGGUCUCGGUCACGCCGAGUUUACGGUGAAGCACCAUGUAAUAUGCAAGUUAAAGUUAGAGUUAGCCAUCUGCUAUCAGCCUUGCUACACAGUUAGCCGUGCCAGUAACGGCAGAAUAAACAACAGUACACAUUACAUAAUUGAGCUACUUCUCUUACUGAGGCAGCUGCAUGUGUCCAGAUGAGACCGGACCGGAAAUGUGUAACGUGAGUUAAGACGCGGAGGCACCGAUCAGCGGUAGCGGAGGGGUAGAUGGUGGGGGUAGUAGUAGAAAACGCUUUUCUGGUCAGAGUUUGAUCAGUCUGUCUUCCUGUCGGUGUGAAGAGCAGUAGCCUACAGUAUAUCUAUAUUAUAUAGUAUACUGUAGAUAUCUACAUAUUUUUUAUAACUUCAUAAAAAUUUUUUUAAAAUCGGACGAUCAAUCGGGAAUCAGAUUUUUUUCCCCCCUAAAAAUCGGUAUCGGCAUCAGCCCCAAAAAAUCCAUAUCGGUCAGGCCCUACAUACAAGUAGACAAUCUACUACCAAUCCAAAGUACUCUGAUGUCUCAGUCAGUGUCAGAAACAGGUUGAUCUUUGGGUCACCAAGGACGGGGUACGUCUGUGCUAAAAUUACCAGUUGGAGAAGUUGUUAUUGUUUUAAUUCAGCUUUGAUCCUUUAAUGUAGAACUGAAAUUAAUCUUUGCUAAGGGUGUAGUUUAUGUUUAACAAAUAUGAAAUGAACAGUUUGGGUUGAGAGUUGUUAUUUUAAGGUUGUUUGUUGGUAUUCGGCAGUAGUAAGUGUAUUCACCACAGGGAGAAAGCAGCAGGAGAACCAGGACUGUGGCUGAUAUUGAUACUGAAAAAAAUAAAUGAAUAUUGCAUUUUUUUUCUUUUAUAUGUGGAACAAAAGGAAUUUUUAGUACCAGAUAGACGUUGUCCAAUUUCAACUUUAAAUCAAAUCCCCUCCCUACUUCUAUCACAGUGUCCUGCUGUCUAACAGUCGUGGCUGCAUUAAAGUGAUUUCAUUUUGUAAAUUGAUCCUGAACAAUGAGGAAGUGGUGGCAGCCUUAGAUGUUUCAUGCCAUAUAUGAAUGACAUUGCACAUCCUGCAGUAGAACAACUGGACGUGCGCUUGUUGCAGUUGUGAUGACUAAACAAUAUACUGCUCAGCCCUUACCAGACUGGAAGCUACGCUACACCAUCCACUACCGCAGAUGAGGUCAGCUCAACCACAUCAUUUGGCUAAAUCUAAGAGUCAAAUCAAAGCACUGUUAUCAGUGACCACUGUUCUGUGUCCGCCAUGUUAACUUGAUCCUAAGGUGCUCAAAGUUAUGUCUAAUAACAUAUAUAUGUCAUUGGCUCAUCCAUUAUAGACCACAAUAGCCAGUCAGUGCACUGCUAGCUGAAGAACACAUACUGUAUGUGUUGCACCCAAGAAUAAUGCAAAGAAUAAUGCAAAUAUAGUGUAGACUACUGCUGAUCCUGUUACAACAAAGCCAGUGGUCCUCUCAACAAAAGGAUCAAGCUAACCUGCAUCCACUAUGGCUCAGAUUCUUACUAUCGGCAAAUACCACUUGACAGGCUGCUUAUAUGCUGCAUGAUAUUUGAUGGCUGCUUGAGUUCACGCCUUGUUUCUCCCUUCAGUUUUACCCUUAGUGAAACCAUGAAGUGUCCAUCAUGAAAAUACUUUCGCUUUAUAAGAGCAAUUAAGAUCUUGACAAGAUAGACUGAGGAGGCGUGUGAAUGGCUGUAAAUUAUAAUAGGCACAUAUAGAUAAAGUCUAUCAAUCACUCCUCACUUGCAGUGGUAAGCUUUUAGAAGAUUAACUCAUGUUCAUUAAAUACAGGUCAGAUCAGACAGUAGGAUGUUAUUUUUAGACUGCAGGAGAUGAAAAACUUUUCGAUAAUGAGCAUGAAGCACAGUAAAAAAAUAAUCAAGUGACACCUAAGCGCUGAUUUGGUCAUACUUAAGUGCAUUUUUAGACGAUUCCCUUGAUUUUAAUUUUGUUUUUGCUGAAAAAGACAACAAAGUUUAAACAUUUUGAAUGAUCUGAACUCUUCACUGUAACAAAUCAUUUUUUUUCACACUGCGGUUAUUAGACAAUGUGAAAAUCACAGCCUUAUCAACUGUAUAUGAUAAAAAUUGAUAUUGAUUAUUGUUUCAAAAGGAUUUUAGUUAAACUUUGACAUGAUCCUUCAGUACAAUGAGACCUUACUGAAGACACUAACGCUCUGUGUGCUCAUUGCAGCAUCAGCAACUCUGCUUGACCUGUCCUCCUACUUUCAUUCUCUGAGCUUUCCAACAAACCAACCAACCACCCACCCAACCAAUUAACACACAAAUAAAGAAAUGUCACACCUCUAGCUGAGUGGAAUAGCUGGUGCAAGUGAGAAAUAUGCAGCAUUAGUGUUUCAGCUGGGAAAAAAAAAGAGAAGAGACCUGAACACACAGACAUUAUAUGUUGACCUACUUUCUGCAGGACUGUAACUGUAGAGCUGUCAUGUCAUCAUGCAACAUGCAAUAGAGGCCUCCCACGUGUGCGACAGCUGUGUGUUGCUCUAUCUUUCAACUUUAGAGCUCUAGGCACCCCAUGCUGUUUGACACAUGUACUGCUACAGGUCGUCCAAUGAGAUAUAAACUCUUGGAUCGGAGGAACAAGUUUCCAGAGAGUUGUCAUGGCCUAUUUUUAAGCGAGUAAAACAAAGCAGUGAGUAGAAGUUUCCUUUCUGACGGGUAGUAGAAGGAAGUGGGGGCCCCACUGGCCUGGUGGUUUUAGUGCAAGACCUGCAUGUGGAGGCAGUUGGCCUUGCAAGUGGUGACUAGUUCGACUCCCUAGUCACGACCUUGUGCUUCUCUCAUUUUCCAAUCCUCAUGUUCCUGGUCACUCUUCAGCAUCAAAACAAAUAGUGUUGUAUUAUCAUGUUGGACUUCAGGUUUCCUCCACAGUUUUUUAAUGGCUGAUAUAUGUUAUUAUCACGAUACUUGGGCCAUGAUACGUUAUUAUCGUGAUACUCGGGCCGCGAUACAAUAUUAUCAUGAUACUUGGGCCACCAUACGAUAGCAGGUUUUCUGCCAUACACAAGCUUGAUAAAUGAGGGCGAGUAAGUCAACAAGUUUCAGUUCAACCCACUUCAUGAUGUUCCCCGCUGUGCUGGUCUCGGUCACGUUGAGUUUACGGUAAAGCACCAUGUAAUACGCAAGCUCAAGUUAGAGUUAGCCAUCUGCUAUUAGCCUUGCUACAUGGUUAGCCGUGCCAGUAACGGUAGAAUAGUAGUCUACAGUAGCCCCUUUUUUCCCCCCUAAUAACCGGUAUCGGCAUCAACCCCCAAAAAUCCAUAUUGGUUGGGCUCUAUGCGAUAGUAUUGCGAUUUUUAACAUUUUGCAAAAAAGUGAGUAUUGGGAUACAAUAUAUUUCGAUUUAUUCAAUUUUUUCAACUUUUUAGCUUAUUUAGAUGACGUCAUCUCUGCCAACCUCACUGGACAAACAGUUGAUUUCAUUCUUCUAUUAUCAUACAUUUGACUAACAAUCUGGAAAAAAAUGAUACUUGGUAAAUGAGAUGAUGCGAUAUAUCAUCACACAAAAUAUUGCAAUACUACGCUGUAUUGAUUUUUUGUUCCACCCCUACAGGCCAACCACUGCCUUAGGGAGGAGAUCUAGAUACAUUGCAGUGGACUGUAUUGUCAGUCAUCUAUAACUCCCAAUUAAAAAUAUUUAAAAGUUCAAAUAAAUGAAAGAUAAAUAUUACUAGUAGUAAACCCUGGAUCUCAACACAACUCUGUAUAUUAUCCUUUCAAGCAUCACGUCCUUCCCGUCGUUUGCACACUGACCUUUUUUCUGGCGACGAGACGCUGAAGUUUGUACUCUGUUCUCAAAUCUGUUGAUUUUACUCUUUAUCCUCUGCUUUAUUUGCUGACUUGGCUGAUGUACCAUUUAUGAUUACGAGCUUUGCCAAAGAUGCGCCCUGAUGAAAGUCUCUGCCCCAUAAGUUGAAGUCUGCUGACGUAGUCAUGGUCUCUGAUAGUAAAUAGUAUCAGAAACAUCCAAUAUAUUAUCAUGUGAACUGUAAAUAUAUCUAAAAAGUUUUAAGAGAAGAGGAGCACUAAAAACAUAAAGUCGAUGCAAAGAUAAAGUCUCCUUUUUUUUUACUGCCGACCUUUGGACUUUCAGUUUAAAAAACGCACACGCUGCACUGUCAGACUGACCCAUUAAACCACUGGGGUAGUGAGUCAGUCUGAAUGGUACCAGCUUGAGAGGACUCCAGCUAUCCUUUUGUUUAGCCAUGAGCAUAUUAUACUGACACACACUUUCUUGACAGUUUUUUUUCCUGGUCAGGCAUUUACUGAGGGGAAACAUUAGAACUUGUUUGGCUGUUUUUAUUAGUUCUGCACCAGGGUAACUGCUUUUAAUGAACUAAAUCAACACAGCCAGAAAGAGGAACCUCGUUUUUUUUAACGGUAACUCUGCAAAAUACAGUGACUAGUCUGUUUUUUGACCCAGAGUAAGAAACUCUCCUUUUAUAAUCGCAGGAAUUCAAACACACAGUGCAGAAGUUAUCGGGUUACCCAAGUGUAAUAUCCAAGAUCCCUUCAGUGUUUGUCAUUCAUGAGGUUUUCACUGUAGCCAAGUUCAAUACAGGAAUCUCACGAAACGAACAAAACCGAUUAUUGCAAUGGAGAAAACAUUCAACAUGGUCUGGGUGUCAAGAAGGGAAUAAACAAGCUAAGAAUAUUAGCUUGUUUGGACUCAUGAGCCGUUUGUCUUCUGCAAGAUUUUGACUAUGACUCAAAUCCCUUUGAAUUGCACUGCUUAUUAUCCAACACAAGCAAGAAGGCAACCAGAAGAGACCCAGAGCCAGCCAUAAAGCCAGUGAAACAUUGAGUAAAGUCAAUGAGCUUUGGUGGUGUCUCUCCUAACUUACUGAUAUCUAUUGUAGGGCUGGGCGAUAAACCGAAAAUUCACAGAUACAGAAAUUUACAACAAUAACCAUUUCAUUUUGCCAAUGUCAAUGCAUUCGGUGUCAAAUAAAUAAAUUUAAAGUUGGUUUUGGAUGUGUGAAGGUAGGCUAUGGAUUUCAUGUCCCUUUAAGAUGCUGUCCUAAGUCAGAGACAUGACCCCACCCCAUCCAGUGUGUUACAAAGAGGGAAAGACAGGUGAGGAGAUAGAGGACGGUUCAAAACUUCUGGAGCGGCGGCUGAAGUAGACAAAGUUAAUGUGGGAGGGGGUGAACAGCUUGUGGAGUAGUUAUUGUCCAUUUAUCGUUUUCAAGGUGAUCUGCUCAAUAAAUUGUGAUAUUCGAGGCCAUAUCGCCCAGCCCUCAUCUAUUGUCUGAAUUUGUUCGCUUACAUGGUAAUGUUAUAUAAUCAUAAAGUGACCAAGUGCUUCAGAGUGAUGAUGACACAGGUGAUGGAAUAGUUUUAAUAGCUGGCAUUUAAGCUGGAAAAUAUAAACAGUGAUUAACUUUUGCAGCGUAAUGAAGAGAUUAAUCUGAAGAGACUCAAAAUGUUUUAAUUGUUGUUGAAAGAUCAAGACGGUUUUAUUGCCUAGCUCUAUGCUAAAGUGUUCUUCUAUCAUCUGAUGGUUCUUCCUCAAACCAGGUUAAAAAAACACUUAAUUAACUAAUUAGUAUAUUUAUUUAUACAAUGAUGGAGCUGUAUUUCUAGAGCUGCUGUAUGACCCAGGCUUUCACACGGUAUAACACACAACAGGCAGCAUACUGAGAGCAGUUUUCACCCAGCAGUCUUGGUGCUGCCACAGCAUUCAGCGAGACAACAACAUUCCUCUGACACAUUAAAUUACUCAAGUGUUGUCACAAUGAGUGUUUAUACAGGAGAGACAGCAGACACGCUGAGCCGCUGGCCAGCUUGUAAAGCCGUCUGCUCCAGGAAGUGGAUGCCAUAAAGCAAUCUGUUUGGAGGUUAUUGAUGCUGUAAUCCGGUAAAGUCAGAAGACUUCUAAGCAGUCCGGUCAAAUGAGAUGACUAAUUGAUUUUAGUUUUAUGUGGAGAUCGCUGUCUGAAAUGACUCACGUGCAACUGAGAAAAACAGAGUAAUAUCAGUGUGAAAUUGUUUGUUUCCAUAGUGAUGGCAGAGGCCCACCAGGCGGUGGCAUUCCAGUUCACCAUAACCCCUGAGGGGAUUGACCUGCAGCUGUCCUACCAGGCCCUGAACCAAAUCUACCUGUCUGGGGUGCGAUCAUGGAAGAAACGAGUCAGCCGCAUGAGGGUGGGUAUGGUUAGAAACACCUGUGUGCUAAUGUGUUUGUGUGCCUGUGUGUGUGUGCCCUUUCUUUUAGUUUAGUCAGAAGUGUGUAACUGGUGUGCAAAGGGAGCUGAAGCAUUAUUACAGGGUUUGAAUUCCCACCAGUGCAGAUAAUGAGUGAUGAGCUGCCUCUAACAUGCACUGACAUGCAUCCCUGCCCCUGUGGAGAUAACAAACUCAGCUGUUUGUUUGACAAACCUCUUGACAACCCCGCCAAAAAAAGAAAAAAAGAAAUGUUUUCUACUUUAUACAAGGAACAAAAUUUGCCCGAAUAAAAGUGACCAUGAAGACCUCUUUGUCACAAUAGCAAAAAAAAAAAAAAACUUAAAAAAAGACUUUACACAACAUCAGAUGUCAGGGUUUGCAGUAUUGAAAGUCUGAGCUUAAUUAAGCUUUCCAAAUCAGAGCAUCCCACUGAGCAACAAAAGAUAAUUAUUUCAUUCACAGAUUUUUUACAAUAAUAAUACUAAUAAUAAUGAUAAUGAUGAUAACUUCAUUGUUUUAGCACCUUUAAAAACAGAUGUUUACAAAGUGCUUUAACAGCAGAGGCAAACAGGCAGAAACAGACAAUGGAAAAUUGACAGUUAAAAAAUGGACAGUUAAAGAUUGGCAGUCGGUGGUUGAGGGCAUCACAACAGGAAGGUGAAAAGAAAGAAGAUGGAUAGAGGACAGAUAAAAGAGGAAGAGAAAAAAAUACAUAGAUAAUAAAAUAAGAUAAGGUAAAAUAAGAGUAAUAAUGAAAAGGAAGGGGGGAUAUUAAAACAUGAGAAAAUGCUGAAAAGAAGCUCCCAUCAAAUAAUAUUUUACCCUUUUAAAGGCCGCACAUGGUGAAUCAUAAACACAGUUAUAAACAAGCAGACAGUAGAGGGCAGUGUUGUCUAAAGUUAAAUCAUUUUUUUGCUCUUGUCAGUCUGAUGCAUGUUUUCUUUUUCUUUGUGUUUUUUCAGUGAUUAAAAUGCUUAUUGUUUCUUCUCCUGUGGUAACAGAACAGGGUGAUCAAAGGAGUUUACCCGGCCAGCCCCUCCUCCUGGCUCUUCGUUGUCAUAGCCAUCCUGGCCACCAUGUACAUGCGCUCUGAUCCCAGCAUGGGGCUCAUCACCAAGAUACAGCAACACCUGCCGCUCAGGUACACAGGUUCAAUGAAAGAUGUGUUUUAUUUAUUUUAAUUUGAUUUAUUGAGUAUUUGCAGAUGAAAGUGGCCGCUCCUCUUGAAAAUAUUCACUCAUACUAGACAGGCAGGAGUCAGGGGAAGCAAUGAUUUAUGUUUUUGUCCAAAACAAAUACAACCGUCAAACAUAGAAAGGUGGUGAGUCAGUGUGGAGCUGAGAAGGUGUGGUUUGAUGUGCUUGAACUCUCACCUGCUUCCCUACAAGUCUUUUCACCGACUAUGGUUUGACAAAGUCACAACUCUGACUCACUGCCGACGUCCUACACUUAACCACAUGUACACACGUGCCACUCUCCACCUUUUGAUUAUGAUUGGUUUGUUUAUUUCUGCCAGCUGGGAGAAAUGGUUUCAUACUCAACAAUAAUAAUUAUAAUAAAAACUUUAUUUUUAUAGCACUUUUAAAAACAGAAGUUUGCAAAGUGCUUUGAGAAAUAGUCAUACAGCACAGAACGUCAGCACAUGGAAAUAAAAACAAAUAAAAACAAAAGCUCAGUUAAAACACGGCCUUCGAGUUAAAGACCAUUUUCAACCCAGACAAUACAAGAACCCUACAACAUAAAGUGAGACCAUGAGGACAAACAUAAAAACAUGAAAUAGGUCAGAAAAAAAAAUGUAAUAAGAAGGGGUUUGAAAACAGAUAGUGUAUAUAUAAAACGACGAUAUUAAUAAUGAUAAUAAAUAAUGACAAAAUAAUAAUGAUAAUAAGAUCAAUGAUGAAAUAGAAUAACAAAAAUGAGCAAGAAAAACAAUAAAAUCAACAAAAGGCCUAAUAAGUUAAAUAAAAAAAGAUUAUAAGUAUAACAAAAAGACAGUAAGCCGAAAUAACAUAGAGAUAAAAGAGAUAAAAGAAAAAAGAGAAAUUUGUGGACCUAAAUCUGACAACUAGACAUUUAAUUGAUUUUCCACUUUUUAGAUUUAUAUCAAGGUGUUAAAAAAACACGAGUGUUCCAGUUCAAAACUGCUUGUUCCUCUUGUAUUAAAACCACUGCCUAAAACAAACACUGACAGUUGAAUCCUAAUAAAAUGAUCAUUUGUUCUCAGCUUGUUUUCUCACUUUUGAGUCAGUUUAAAGCAGGCUGACGCUCCAAGUUGCUGUUGUUGAACAUACUUAGGGUUCAAGUGUUAUCUUUUAUAUUUAUUGCUACGUUGCUUCGACUUGACUUGACACAAGUAUUAGCUCUAAAGAACUUCUGCUGGUUUGUUAUUCAUGUCAUUUUACUGCUGGACUUUCUGAAAUCUGACUUUGUGUAAUCACAAUACACUGAAACCUCAUUAAUAUUGAAUUUGACAUUUGUCUCCAUCUAUUCUAUUUCUAUUUGUAUUAUGCUGAGUUUCUUUUCCUUUGACUUGAGGUAACUCUGUAAAAGUAUCAUGUUUUUUUUUCCUCAUCUGGCCAGCAGAGGUUGCCGUUGUACUGCUAAACUGUAAGCUUGUAAGGUGCAGAAGAAGAAAUGGAUAUAGUUCCUAGAAAUCCAGUAGAUCACAUCUGUGGUGUUGUUGCUUUCGAUUUGACAGGAAUUCAAAAGGAAUUCAUGACAAAUAGUAUGUGACAUAAUUCUGUUAUGAAGCAGACUUCCUGUUGUUUUGGAUAUCCAGUAAUGGCCUCGUUUCUCCCCCCCUGUGUAGUCUCCACCUGUCGCUCAGCACUCAGGGUCAGACUAUGCUGUCGGCCCUCGUCUUCAGCACUCUGCUGUGGCUCUCCCUCAUCCUCGCACUCAGGUUCUGUCUCAAACUCUUGCUCUCUUAUCACCGGUGGAUGUUCGAACAGCAUGGCCGUGUUUCCAAUGUCACCAAAGUCUGGGUGGUAAGCAAAGUCAUGAACACAGAGUUUAAUUUUCUUUGCUUCAGUGAAAGUCACAGUUGUUUCAACAACAUGCAAGAGACUCUUAAAAGGAAAGGGACCAUUACCCCCACAUUAAAGAUAAUUUUAUAAUAACCUGAGGAAGUUUUAAUUUUUUUCAACACCGAAGUGUUAACUGUUUGAUUAUAAUGUCUCUAAAAAUUACAGUUAUCUCUGUCCUUUGUCUCUCAGACUCUGGUGAAGUUAUUUUCAAGCAGGAAGCCGUUGUUGUACAGCUAUCAGACCUCUCUGCCUCACCUGCCCGUUCCUGCCAUCAAAGACACUCUGAGCAGGGUGAGUGGACACACGUGAAUGUGACAGAUAUGAAUAAACUUAUACUGCAGCCUGUCUGCAUUCACACACUUACUGUAUCUUCACUCUUAUCAUCAUUUACACAGUACCUGCAGUCAGUCCGUCCACUGCUGGCUGACCCUGAGUACCAACGAAUGACUGAACUGGCAAAUCACUUUGAGUCGAACCUGGGAAACCGCCUGCAGCGCUACUUGAAGCUCAAAGCUCUAUGGGCCACUAACUAUGUAAGUGUCUGUAGUCACCCUCUGAAAUGAGGAAGAGUUAAAGGAAGAGGAAGAGUCAUAGGAAGAGUUAAAGGAAGAGGAAGAGUCAUAGAAGGAGUUAAUCAGCAAAAUGUGAUUCAGCUUUUUAAAAAAAAAAGUAGAAAAAAACUGAUUUUGAUGGUUUACAAACGUUUGAACUCUGCAUGUUAUUGAAGAAAAGGGAAAAGAACCAAAGAACUAAAACUUUUAUCAUUGAAUUUAAAAGGCGGGUACUCAUUUUGAGUGCCAAUAACACAUUUCAACACAGCUCCCAAGUGUGAUUUGUUUAGUUAAGUGCAUAUUCAAUUGAAAAAGUCAAACUUCAUUGUCUUGUGUUGUUUCUCAGGUGAGUGACUGGUGGGAGGAGUUCAUCUACUUGAGAAGCAGAGGUCCCAUAAUGGUUAACAGCAACUACUAUGGCAUGGUAACUGGCUGUCUGCUCAGAGACAGAUUUAACUGAACUACUAUAAAUAAAUCCAUCAGCAGUGAUGUAACAUCCCUCUGACCUAUAUGUUAUGUGAUAUGCUUUCGUUUAUCUGUGUAAUUCCUAAUACUCUGUGUGGACGCUCUCUAGGACUUUCUGUAUGUGACCCCAACUCCAGUGCAAGCAGCGAGAGCAGGAAAUACCAUCACAGCUCUGCUGCUUUACCGCCGCAAAGUCAACAGAGAGGAACUCAAACCGGUAAGGCAACAUCUCUACAUCCUGUACAAGGAGGGAAUCCUGGGUAGGAUUACUUUGAUCCCCUGUGUGUGUUACGGGAAGGAUUUCAGUAUUUCAUAGAACUCUGCAAUGACACUGUAAAGACAAAAAUAUGGAUCGAAUGUAUGAUAAUUAAAAUUUUUGUUUUUGAUUAAAAUGUGAUUCAAGGAUAAGAGUCAGGAGUGCUUGGGGCUAGAUAUGGAGAUUUUAUUAUUGCUGCAUUGAAAAGCAUAGACUGUGUAGAAAGAUGAACAGCACAUCAGUUACCCCCCUGAAAAAUCUGUGAAGCCAAAACACUUGGUGCUCAUGAAAUAGGUCAAACCAGAAAAUCAAACAGGAUCAAUCUUGAUCAAACUUCAAAUUUCUUACUUACUGAACUCAAUCAUGUCAUUUUGCAAUAUCUCAACCGACAACAUAAGUGAGAAGAAGAACGAGGGACAGUCAUAUCAGAAGUUUCAUGGGACAGAGUUUCGAGAGGAAAUAUACCCUGAUUAAGAGGGAGUGUGUGAUUUUUGUCGAGCUACCAUAGCAGUUCACCACUUUGUGAACAACCGCGUGAGCAAAUAGUCCGACAGUUUAAGAACAAUGUUUCUGUACAAUAGCAGGAAUUUAGAGAUUUCGUCAUCUACAGUCUGUAAUAUCAUCAAAAGAUUCAGAGAAAUCUCUGCAUGUGAGCAGCAAGGCCCAAAACCAACAUUAAAUGACUGUGACCUUUGACCUUUGACCUAUCAGCUGGCGUUGUAUUAAAAAAACCACAUCAUCUCAGGGUUCCUACGUAAGUAUGGAAAAGUAUGGAAAUAGAUUUGAUCAAUUUCCAGGUCUUAAAAAGUAUGGAAAAUGAAAAAUAAGUAUAGAAAAAUAUUUAUGUUUCCAGACUAUUACCACAGUUCUAAAAUACUGUUACUAAAAAUACUGUCAUUUCCAAAAUACUUCUAAAAAGUAGGGUAUGGAAAUGUGUGGAAAUUUCAACUGUGUAGGAACCCUGUCAUUCUGUAAAGGAUGUUACCAUGUGGGCUCAGGAACUCUUCAGAAAACCAGUUAACACUGUCCGUCUCUACAUCUACAAGUACGAGUUCAAACUUCACCAGACAAAUCCAAAGCCAGAUCUCAACAACAGCCAGAAACACUGCCAGCCUCUCUUGGUCUGAGUUUAUUAGAGAUGACUCAUGCAAAGUGGUGAAGUGUGCUGUGGUCUGAUGAGUCCACAUUUCAUGUAGUUUUUGGAAACCAACUAUAAGUAGUUCACUCAUAAAUAUCUGAGAGCGAAGGCCUUGCGUCUAGCCUCAGACGAGUGUGGUUUCUUUUUGGUCGAUGUAUGUGGAUGACUUUAAGAAGUUUGUAGUUAACACAUUAGAAUGUUCAAAGGAAAACCAACUGGUCUUCACAGAAGCAGAACUGUCUAGACAAAAAAAAAACAGAUUAAUCUCUUCUACUGAGAACUGAGUCUACCUGAGGGAACUAGAAAAGCACUCAGAGAGCGCAGACCUCCGCCAAGCAGCUCAUGUCCCCCCUUAUAUUGUGAUUCACACCAAAACUUUUACUGUUACGUGUCUUUUAUUAACAUUUAUUUGUGUUUAAACUGGUAUGUUCACUGUUCAUAAUGUUCCUAAAACAAGAAAUGCCCUGACCCGGAUUUGAACCCAGGACCUUCUGGUUGUGAGGCGACAGUGCUAAUCACUACACCACUGUGCCACCUAUCUACACCACUGUGCCGCCCAUUGGUUAUCUUUCAGCAUUGAAAAUUCCAACGACACCCUUAUUUUUGUGUGUUCUGGAUCACAGUAUCCAGAAUUUUGUCCGGAUCACCACCAAGAUUUAAUGGGAUCCUCCUGGGGCUGAGACGCGCCUCUGGUGAAAAUUUCAGGUCAAUCCGUCCGUUACUUUCGCCGUAAAGUUGCUAACAGACAAACAAACCAACGCUAUCUUUUAUAAACAAGAAAGUGGACAGGAUGAAACGGCAAAUUCAAAAAAGGGCAACCUGUGGGUGCUGAUAGCCGAGUGGUUUAAGCGCCCCCAGACUCAGGGCUAAAGGCUUCACCGCAGCUGUCACUGAUUGGAAACCUCUUCUCAACCGUUUGCUGCAUGUCUUCCCCCUCUCUUUCCACCACACAUUUCCUGUCUCUCUUUAGUUGUUCGAUCCAAUAAAGGCGAAAAUACCCUAAAAUGUAACUUUGUUUUAAUGAAGACCAACCACUGUUACCCAGCCUUCAGGGUAGAAUAGCAGUAAGACCUGUUUAUUACAACAAAUAUAUUUACACGCAACCUAAGUACAUGGAAAACGGAAAGUGAAUUCUGAUAAAAUAAAGUGUUACUAAAGCCAGAAAAAUUCAACUCUCGAAGGCAGUUCAACUCUUUUUUUUUUUUCCCAGGGGUUACAUGUUUUUCCCAGAACAAUAAAUACAGUCAACAAAACAUUUAGUUGCAGGAAAGUUUUAACACACACUCCCCUGACUGUUGUGUUAACAGAAAGCACACUCUGACAAAAUAAAAAUCACAGCUAGUCUGGAGUCUACCCCAGACUGUCUCACAUCCCAAGUUACUGACAGUACCAAACAGCUGGAAACAAUUCCAAAUAUUUUCAUCAUUAGUGGUAUGACGAGGUUGUCUGCAACAGUAAAGUGGGGGUAAACUUGCGCUGAUUUAAUCAAUCUAAUGCAGGAUGUAAUAUUUAUUUUUCUCAGCAUCUCUCAUAUACCCACACAUGAGGCAUCUGCUACUCAAAUCUUAAACCUUCAUAAAAUGUGAAUUUGUCCUUUAAAAACAAGCUAAUUUCAUUCUUCAGAAAGUUGUAUCACUGAGUGUUAAUUAAAGUAAAAAUACCAACUAUAAAUGGUCAGCUGUCAAAAGUCGUAACUGUAACUGAUUUUCAGAAUUGUCGGGAGGUGAUAGCUGGGGUGAAAGCAGAAGUAAACGGGGUGAAAGGUCAUUAUUAACAGAUGUCUUUGGGUGUGUCUGUGUGUUCCUGUCUAUAAAUGUGUGUCAGAGUCGUGUUCCAGGAACUGUUAUCCCUCUGUGCGCUGCUCAGUGUGAAAGGAUGUUCAACACAACACGCAUGCCUGGAGUUGAGACUGGUAACUACAAACACACAAACACAAGUUUCCAAUAGUCAGCAGUUUAAUUAAGUGCUGAGACUGAAAGUUUGUGAGCAGAUGUAUGAACACUGUUACUUUGAUAAAGUGUUAAAAUUAAAGCAAAAAAACACACGCAUCACACAAAAUGCUCACCUUCAUCCUUAUGGAGUAAGUCAUUGAUGAAUCAGGGUUUCUGUGUGGGUGUCUUCACAAGUCUUAAAAUGUCUAAAAUCCUAUAAUUUGAAUUUGAUAACUUUAUUUAUAGCACUAAAAACAGGUUUACAAAGUGCUUUGACAAAUGGUCAUAAAGCACAGAACAGCGGCAGUAAAAACAAAAAGCUCAGUUAAAACAAGGCCUCAGAAUUGAAGGAUAUUUUCAUAUGGCAUUAGGAACCCAGACAAUAUAAGAACCCUGCAACAUAAAAUGACACCAUGAUGACCAAAAUAAAAACAUAGGAUAUAGAAGUAAAAAGUAUCACAAAAGAUAAAAAGACAGUAUAGCCAAAAUAAGACAGAGGUAAAUGAGAAAAGAGCUAAAAGAUAAAAGAUGGCAUUACAUAAGAGCAAGUCUGUAAAAGUGAGUUUUUAAGAUUGACUUAAAAGAAGCGACUACAGUGAUAUGAUGCCGUCAACUAUGACCGGUUAAAAGCCAAGAAUUUAAGGCCUUAAGACAUCUGAAACUCUCUUAGAAUCUCAUAAAAUGUCUAAAAUACGAUGUUGAACAGUCUUUAAGAUGUUUUGAUGUCACUUACAAAUAAAUAACAUGCCACAAAAAUAAAGAUAGAAUUGAAGUGUUGUAAAAUGUUUUGAUUUCCCCUCGUCUUUUAUGCUUUUUUCCAUCAUGGAGGUAUUUUGGUCUGAAAUUGUAUUUACCACGGUCUUAAAAAAAGUCUUAAAGGUCUUAAAUUUGACUUGUUGAAACCUGCAGAGAGCCUGUAAAUGCCCCACUUACAUCUGCAUACGUACUGCAGUGCGGUACUGUAACACUGACAAUGACAACAGCUUAUGAGCCGGUGCAGUAAUCCUCCUCUCCUCCACAGAUGUGCUCCAGCACUGGCAGGACAGUGAGUUUGUGGCAGUGUACCACAAGGGACGCUUUUUCCGUCUGUGGGUUUACCGCGCAGGCAGACUGCUGUCACCGAGGGAGAUCGAGUAUCAGAUUCAGAGGAUCCUGGAUGACCCUUCACCCCCCCAGCCUGGUGAGGAGAAACUGGGAGCGCUCACUGCUGGUGACAGGUAAGACCAACAGAGUGAGGGGAAGUCUCUGUCUUCAUGUUCCUGCACUGAACAUACAAAAGGAAAUAGAGAGCAACAUGUGUGUAAGCUAAAGUCCAGGCUCAGUGCUUUAACCAUAGAUAUGGUUAUCGUUAUUAAAACAGUCUGUAAAUCAGUCACCAAAUUCAACCAAAUCUAGAUUUAGAAAUAUGAAAACAGUGUCUCAGUCCGACAAAUUAAAAAAAAACGUUUCUAUCUUAUGAAAUAUCUGAAAGAAUCUCGUAUUUCCAGAUUAACAGAUGUUGCGUGUUGCCAUUUGUGUGACACACUAUAGCUGCUCCAGUCUGAGCGGCACCAGAGCACACCUGCCUCACAAGGCCGAUGCCGUCACACUGUGUUUAAUCUGACUACACGAGGCUGAAAAUCACAUUUGUGUUCAUGGAUCAGAUCUAUUCCCCAAAAUCAGAUUUUACAAAAAGCAUUUUUCAACCCUGGAAGAGUAAUUAAUCAGUAAAUCAAAUCGAAUGCAGGGGAUAAUAAAAACAAUUAGAAUAAUCAAGCCUGUGUCGAUCAUUGAAGCUGAUUACAACAUCUCUCAGAGUACAGCCUGUGGUGGUGUGUUGUUGCUUUGAAGAUCUGUAUGUCUUUGUAAUGAUCUGGUCUGUGGUGCAGAUGUCAAAGUUUUAAAAGUUUUUCAAGUUAAAGGCAUAAGCAGAGGCAUACCAGGAAAACUGCUAACUUGGGAACUUCCCCUUGUGGGUCCAGUAAAGGAGUGCCUUAUCUUAUCUUAGCGAACAAAAGAUGACACAUUAAGUUAGCAACUUCUUGUUGACGUAUAGAACGGAGAUCAGCCUGAAAACAUCCUGAAAGAUCAAGAAAACGAAAGACUGCUGUGAUACUUUUCCUCAACAGCAAAUGUGCUUUGAAAGAGAAGUGUGCCUUUGAUUGAUAAAAAGAAAACAAUUCAAUAUUUGAUUUCAUUUAUUAAUGUCAUAGUGUUUUUAAAAAAGUAUAUUCACACAAACUCAAAGGACGAAUCCUUUCAGAGCUUUUUCAGCUGUUCAGUCAAACUUGAGAUGAUCAUUUAAAACUUUGACUUCUUACUUCAGUGUGAAUCAGAGAAUGAAUAAGAAUAAAUUCAUUCUACUGUAGUCUUAUUUGUUAUUUCUCAAAAGGUUAUCUACUAUUUAUGGAAGAAUUGUAAAGUCUGAUGGCUGUGGGUACAAAAGAUCUUCUGGAUCUGAAGGAAAGGUCAAAGGAUGUCAUGUGAUUGACAUCUAUGGUUUUACAAAAGCUGCGUUUCUGAUAAGUGAGUUGAAAUGAUGGUUUUUGGUCAGGUUCACAAUAAUUGGAUAAGAGAUUUUUUUUUUUUUUUUACCCUUUUAAUGAGGACAUCUGCACAUUAAAGUAAGUAAUAAUGCAAAACAAACCAACAUUUCUUUACCGCCAUGUGACAGAAAUCCUCUUCUCCUCUGCAAAGGCCGUUGUUUACAUGAAACAACACAAUGAAAACUAUGAAAAACGUACAGGUGUAAGAUCUAGUGUAUUGUUUUCUUCACAUAUUGCCUAUUUGUCAUCAGGUCUGUUUGAGUAUAUAUGAGGUUAACAUGGUCCGACGUUUGAUGAUUGUGUGUGUGUGUGUGUGUGUGUGUGUGUGUGUGUGUGUGUGUGUGUGUGUGUGUGUGUGUGUGUGUGUGUGUGUGUGUGUGUGUGUGUGUGUGUGUGUGUGUGUGUGUUACUGUCUGCCCACAGGGUUCCUUGGGCUCACAUAAGGAAACAGUACUUCAGCUCCGGGAUCAACAAGCGAUCGCUGGACGCCAUUGAGCGAGCAGCCUUCUUUGUAACUUUGGAUGAUGAGGACCAGGGCAUGAGGGGAGAGGACCCGGCAGGCAAUUUGGACCGCUACGCCAAGUCCCUGCUCCACGGGAAAUGUUACGAUAGGUGAGUUGUCGCCCUUUUCUCACACUAAAUUCACCUGUUUUUGAAUCCCAAGUCUCACUCUGUCAUAAAAGUCUGGGAGCGUCUUCUCUUAAAAGGAACGACUUCAAGGGUUUAUCAAUCCACAUGAUGAAAAGUAUCAUUUUUCUGAACUUUCAGAACUCAAGAGCAAAAGGUUAGCUAACAAACAAGUUAUCUAAGUUACAAAAUCAAACGAACUUAGUUUUAAAUAAGACAAACCUGGAUCCAGGCAAUAAUACACAACUUGAAAAUGUCUGACUGUGUUACGUGCAGUUUUGCAGCUCAAAGCCCAGUUUCUGAGAGAGUCCCGUGUUUUUCUAAUUGACUCAUACGUUUCAGGAGUAACUGUGUCGGUUUCAUCAAAAUGUCAUCAGCAUAUAAGGCGAGUUUAUGUCCUCAUGACUGCAUGUUUGUUCCUUUUAAUAGGAACAAGUGAUGAGGCACAACAUCCUUAUUUCUCAUUCUGAAAUAGAUGGAUUGAUAAACCUCCAUUUAUUUUUAUCCUUGUUGAUAGUUUAUCAAUGUUGGAUUUAAGAAAGCCAAACUUUUCUAGUACUUAAUAUAAAAAGGCCCUUAUAAUGGCUGUUUCUAGUUUUGGCUCUCUGACACGAUUAGUAAUGUGAAGUGUUCUCUGAAGAUUAGCUUGUGUUUAUCGUUGUUUGAUGAGCCUUUCUGGUCUAAAUGGAUGCGAUCCAGUUCAAAUAUUUUCAUUUCUUUCUAAGAAUAUCAAUGUGAGCGUUUACGACUUGAUUCCCACAUUCCAGUCUGUCUUUCUCAUCUUUUUGGGAUCACUAAGAGGGAAAAAUCAGCAGAGGUAAAAAUGACUCAAUCUGGAGGUCAUCAUCACUGUCUUGUUGGGAAUACAGUGAUUUAUUGUAAUCUUCAAAAAUCUCUUUUGGAGCUCUUUCGCUAUGCUGCCAUCUUGUCCAUGUCCCACCUGGAAGUCCCCUGUCCUGAGUGAUUCACCUCACCCUCUGUUGUAAAGAGACAGAGGAUCAUAAAAAUGAAGGAAAACCCCUCUGUUAUGAGAUACAAAGAAGUGUGCUGAUAUUAGCAUAACUGUAGACUGUCUCACCUGUCUCACCCUAGUUUGUCGUUUCUUUCAUUUUCCUUCUCCCCUCUUUCAGGUGGUUUGAUAAAUCCUUCUCCAUUGUGAUCUACAAGAACGGAAAGAGUGGGCUGAAUGCAGAGCACUCCUGGGCCGAUGCACCGACAGUGGCUCACCUCUGGGAGGUUUGUGUUUGUGUGACCAUCACAGUCUGUGUAUCACCCACAGGACCUAUUUCACAGAACGGGGUCGAUUAAAGGAACAGGAUAUGAAAGGAAAUGAUGACUGUGCUUUAAACCUCACAGCUGUUGCUGCUUCUGCUGCGGUGGCUGUUAUGUAAAAGUGUAAAAAUGAACCAGCUGUGUGUGUCAGUGCUGCCAAAAUUAGCUGUGCUGGAGAGUGCAAAAAAGGACAUGCACUCUUUUUUGUUUUAAAUUUUUUUAUAUAGUUGGACAAAUUCCAGACGGCAGAGGAAACUAACUGCACUGAAUGUUAAACUCUGUAAUGUAGACAGUGAUGGAAAGAGCAAAGGUGGUCGUUUUAUUGAACAGUGGAAAACAAUGAACGUGUGAUGACUAAAUGAGAUAAGUACAGAGGCGAAAAAAUGUCCACUGCUGUUAGUGUGGGGGCCUCAGGUCUGAUGGAGAGAUAACUGAUAGUCACGAGUUUCCAGGAUGUGUGUGGGCCAGCCGAAUUACGAAACUUUAACAUAAAUAUGAAAUGAACCCACCCACUGUGGUGAGUCACCAGACAGUGAUGAAAUCCUGUUACUUGACCAGUUUCUAACCCUUUCAGGGGACCAAGUUCAUCCAAGUCCAGGAUCUUAAAUCAACGAGAAAAAGGACUGUCGCAGCAAGAAAGAACAAAACAAAAAUGAAAAGCUCAGUUGGCCGCUCUGUGAUGCACAGUAGUCGAUACUUGAACCUGGAGCUGACAAAGCUUAUAAGACAUUUUGUACCUAAAACCAACAAUAUUACACAUUAAAUUUAAGAAAAAAACACUUUCAUUUAUUUUCUAAAGCUCUUUCUGCAGCUUUUCUGGUUUUAAUUUUUAACUGUCAAUAUUCGUCUACAGGCCAACAACCUCCCAAAAGAAAAAUCUAAAUGUCCUGUAGCAGCCUUUUGCUGCCUUUUUUUUCAUGUCCAGAUGUCACCUGUCUUGAUGUUUUGUUUCAUAGUGUCUUCUUACGUUAUAUUAGGGUGACCAUAUUCUGAAAACCGAAAAAGAGGACACCAAAUUUCAAGGGUUUUAGGGGUCGGGUUGAGUGUUUUUUACGCACUUCUAACUCUUUAGAAGUUAGAACUUUAAUUCCCAAAAAGACGAUUAACCAGGCCUCUUGGAGAUACUGAAAAAUACUCACACAAAGUUGCGUUUAUAAACAAUAUAUUCAUUUAUCUGAGCAUUUCUCCUCAACAAAAUUAUCAGUCACAUAUAGAUAUUUCUCCUUUUUCUUUCGCUCACCGGCAGACAGUUCAGGAGUGCAUCUCAUUCAGUGGCUUUGCUUAGAAAUGGGCGAAGGAGCACAAAGCACUGAUGCGCUGCGCAGUUUUAUAAUGACGACUCUCGCUCGCAGGCUCUCGAAUAACACGCAAACAUGUUGGCAGUGCAUUGUGGGAUUUGUAGUGCAUCAGCGGCACGUACGGGCCAGCUCUAAUAGUGAUCCGAUAUUAUCAUGCGGGCUAAAGAUAAUUACAUCCUGGGCUGGACCUGGCCCGACGUCUGGUAGAGAGAGCGUGAGUUGACUCUGGCAGCAUGAUCAAGGAUACGGACUUCAUUACACAGAUAAUGCAAAGACAGACGAGUUCCUUUAAACUGGCCAUGACCUGCCAGGGGGUCUGAAUAAACAAAAAACAAAGAACAGAGAUGUUUGAAAAUGAAUGAGUAAAGCGUUGCAGUCAUUUGUAUCUGAAGUGUGUGUCUUCUCUUCUUCCAGUUCACCCUGGCCACAGAUGCCUUCCAGCUGAAAUACACUGAAGACGGACACUGCAAAGGCGAGAUAGACAGAUCACUACCCCUUCCUCAGAGGCUCUCCUGGGACAUCCCCUCAGAGGUACACACACUGAGCAUGUAAUGAGUGUGUUCACCAAAAACUCCAGACCUCAGGCAUGAGCUAUUUUAAGAGUUAUCAGCUCCAGGCACUCAGGUCCAGAUACUGUGUUUGAGAGUGAGAUCAUAUCUGACAUUCGUGUGACGCAUGAAAACAUUGUUCCUUUCUUCUGGCCGAUACCUGUUGGAGCAGGCUUAAAGUCACAAGACCAUCCACUGCAGGCCAACAUGGGACUGUGGUCCACUGGUAGGGGGUCAGAUCCCAGGUCCCACUUUCCUUUUGACAUGUGUGAAAAAUGCUGACCAAGUCCUAUUGGAUUCCUCUAUUGACCCACGGAUAGAGUUUACACCAGUUCACGGAUCCACUGAGUAAAGUUUGGAGGAACCUCUGCUCUCCCAGUUGAAUAUAAAGAGACACAAUAGCAACCAUAUUUCUACAAGGAUGAGAGCAUCCUCUCUCCUUCUACUACUCCAAAAACUGCAGUCAGAGGAUUUAUUGUUUUUCCAUCUGAUGCUGAGAGAGAACUAAAAAAAAUUAAAUUCCAAAAGUGGCCCAAGAUAGACAUGAUGAUCAAAACAUGUGGCUGAGGGACAGAGGAAAAUACUGACAUCUGAGGCACACUGGGUCAGCGUUAGGGUAAAUUUUUGUCAAUUCAUUCUACUUUAAACGGAAGAACCUCAUAUCAAACACAGAAAGACCGAGUAUGUUGAUAUGAAAUAAUGUCCUUCAUGUCUACCUCUCAAGCAGCUUUAGUAUUUGUCCGGUAUGAGUGGAAUCUGGUUCUGCAUCAUGUUGUAUAUUUUAGCGACCAAACCCUUCCUAAAGGAAAUAAAAACAUUAGGUCUUUUUGGGAGCGAUUGUUGCAGGGUGUAACGUGACUCGAGGCAAAGCUGCGCACGUUUCCAAAACAAUGAGAUGUUGGCAGAUCACGAUUCUGGCACAGAGCUAAAAUUUACAGGAACGCACUUUGAAUACACAGAGAAGACCGGACCACUUUUCUACCACACUGAGAUUGCUGAGUGGUCUGAGAUGGCCUGAAUAGGUGGUUAAACGUAAUUGAGGAAAAGCUUAUAUUUUUAUAUUUAUGUUGUGUGUUUGUGUUUAUAUUCUCAAGACCAAAAAGCUUCCUGAACUGUUCCCUAAAUUUUGAAACACUCAAUUUGGAUUGAGGUUUUAAUUUUUGGUGGUUAUAGAAGCAGAGCUGUCAGAAAUGAAACCGGAAAAAUGCAAAGACUGGCCUUUCAUAAGUCAUAUCUACCCUAAGGGGUCCCUCUUAUAUGCAAACACAUGCGUGGAAACAAAGGGGGUAAAUUAAACCUAUUGCACACAUACUGCUUUACCGCACCCCUGCAGAAGUCACCACAGCCGAAAAGUCUUGACAUUCCCCUAAUGGUAUCACUUCUGAUAUAUUGCAGCCAAGACUCGUGAGAAACACAAGAGAGCAGCAGGUAGUCAGUCCUUGAUAGUAAGUGGCAACUGUCCAAAGAUACUCUGGGUUUUCAGCCAAAGAAACCCUCUCAGCCCUUUCAGUUAUCUUUGAAGUGUUAGUCAGGAUGAGAACAAGCUCAUAGAGACUGCAAAGGGAGAGAACAAAUGGGAGAAAACACUUUUCUUUACAUUUACAACCCUCAUACGUUUUCAUACUGAAACAUGCUUAAUCAUGACUUCACAGCACGGUGCAAAAACACGACACCUGUGACCCGUCACAUAAAUCGCUCACCGAACUAAUGUAUUGUGCCAGACUGAAAAGCCUUAUCAGUUUCCUCCAUGUCAUCCUGUUUGGCAUUGGCCAAAUUUAUUCUGCUCAGGGUUCACACGCAGCAGAUGAACUUGGAGACUGUUUAAUAUUUCUUUAUUAGUCGUGAGGAUUUAGUAAGUGGCUGAUGUUUGACGGCACUGCACGUAGAGGCGGUUUUGAUACCGUCCCCCACGUUUGCAAGAUGUCAAGGAGAAUCUUUUCAAUAAUUUUAACAUCAAUAUACAACUCUCUGACAUCACAUUUGGUCUUAGCUGAUUACUCUGGUCCCACUUGGAGUAAACACAUCAAUCCCUCAUUGAUAUUAGAGAUUUGGAGUAAUUCAACCGCAUCCACACCAGUGGUACCAGGGAGGGUGAUUUUACCUCCAUCCAGUGGUCAAAAUGAAGCCGUUCUCUGUGAGAGGAAAUCAUCGCAUGGUUGGAUUUAAACUGAAAUAUAUCUCCUCUUUUAUUUCGAUCACUUUAAGACUUAUGUAGUGUGCUGGGAAGGGAUUGUGAUUUAAUACGAUACAAGGGUUUAUACAAGGGUUUGUUAUGAGUCACCACAGUCAAUUGAUCUUUUUAACAACAGUGUAGAGGUCACUUUAAGUGCACACAGUGAUGUUUCUCAUCAUGCCAAAAGUACACUUCCUGUCAAGUUUUCACAAUAAAAAACCUGACAACUGUUUUUUAUCAUUUCAAGUUAAAAGAAUUUACUUUUUUUUUUUGUUGUUGUAAUUGAUUUUUUAUUGACAUUCAGAAUUAGACAUUCACAAUGUAUACAUCAUGCAAGCAUACUUCUUGCAUCUGUGGUCUGCCCUAAAUGCCGAAACAAAAUUUUAGUUUAUGUCCAAGUCCUGUGAGGUAAAACAAACAACCAUAACAACAGCAAUAACUAAAUUAAAUGGAAAAACUAUGCAUCAGUAGGGAGUGAUCUUUCUCAUACAUCACGGCCUCUGGUUCGUGAAAAUAAAAUCUGUCCUAUGACACGUGAUGUUUUGACCCAGUUUUCCCAUUAUGGACUUGAAUUCAGUGUUUUUGUGACGCUACUCAACUUGGGAAAUUUUGGCCUUGGGCUGUGUCGGACCACUUGCAACUCACAAAAGGAGCUUCUGAUUCAAGAUUUUUCAUCCUUGACUAAUAUUUCACAACAAGUUAGUGUUGUUCUUAGUCACUGUUUACAAUACAAGCCCAAAGCCAGAUCUAAUCGACCUGUUUGAGCAACACUCCUAAAUAACAGAAAUUGAGACUUAGGAUCGUAGUCCUACCACAGAAUCUGGAGAAUCAAGGACCCUGGUGGCUAACUCUAACUUUAGCUUGCAUAUUACAUGGUGCUUCACCGUUAACUUGGCGUGACCGAGGCCAGCACAGCGGGGAACAUCGUAAAGUGGGUUGAACUGAAACUUGUUGAUUGAACAUUUUCGAAGUGAAAACUGAAUCUUAUUCUCCACAUUUUAUUUCUGAAAAUAUCGGCAGAAAUCGGCAAGUUUUGGCCGAUUACCAAUGAGUCUCAAACGGGCUAAAUUUGGCCGGGCCCUUACCCACAUAGAUGUUUUAUAUCUAUCGGAGGCUUCCAUCCCUCUUCAACCGAUUGGACUGUCGUUUCCUGUCAUUGCAAGCUUAAAUGUGUUUGUUUUGACAUGACCAACUUCAUGACUUUUCUAAUCAUGAAGAUAAAUUCCAAAAUAACAUCCAAAUGUAUCAAACAAUACCAGACCACAGUGUCUGUCGUUUAACUUUGUAUGCACUUCCCUGUGAGAAUGUAAAUGGGGUUUUCCCAUUUACCUUACCUGCCCUGACUAUCUCCGGAUGACAUCACGCUUUCAGUGAAUAAGCUCGAACAGUAAAUGUCCUCACAGGUUUCUGUGCAGCUCUGUGGGGUCGGUUUUGCGGGUACUUCUGAAUAAUUUUCAUGAAGUGUCACGCAGGGUGUGUUAGUUUAGAGCACGACCCAAACAGCGUAUCUAACUGAAGUAACAAAUUACUCAACUAUGAUGAUUACGGUGUCUUCACAUCGGUUUCUGCUUUUCUCUGUCAGUCCAACAUGUAAAAACCAGCCGAAUGAUAUGGGGUUGUCAACAAAUACUCUAACUUUGAUACAUAUUUGAAUAUAUAUUAAAAAAAAAAAGAUUCGAAUGUGAAAAUUUAUAUUCAAGUAUUAAAUAAACAGCGGGAAAAAAAGGGAAAAAAAACAAAAACAAACAAACAGCUUCUGCUUUGCAAGUGAGCGCACUGUAAAGAGGGGUCAGGGACACAGGAGCUGCACCUGCAGUGAGACUUGACAAAAAACGUCCGUGGCUCAUGAAGAGAAAGGUGGCGGGUUGUUCGGAGCCAAACUCGGAGAGAGUAGUCUGGACUCCAAGGAACUUUAGAAGCUCCGUUUGGAAAUUUUUCGGAUUUUGGGAAGACACGAUAGACGGUAAAAAUGCUGAGAGAGAUAAAGUCAUGUGUAAGCUAGAUAUUUGAAUAUGUUCGAACCUAUGUGUUAAUUUUUAGAACAAAUAUUUGAACCUCAUUUUGGAGCAAUUCUGACAGCCCUAGAAUGAAAGUAGUAUCCUGACAUCUCUGUUAUAUUAAAGCAAGUCUGGAGUUCCAAGUGUUUGGUUCACCGUUUGAAGAGAAAAUGUUUUUCUAAGGAUGGGAAAAUCAUUUGGGUCCAAAUAUCUGUUGGUUUAAUGUUUCAGGCUGUUAACACAACAUAGUCCACUUGCCCUUGCAUGUUUUCUCUGCUUUGCCAGCUUAUAAUCUUCUGGCUUUGUGCCGAAAACGUGUCUACAUCAGACCCGACCCACUGGUUUUGCAAAAUAAUGUUGAAAAAAACCAAGUCAGCCAGCGUGUGAAUUAGUGAAACUCAUAACCGUGCUUGUUAAGGCAUUUAUCAGUUUUCGUGUGGAGGAAGGGGAAACUACUUCCUCAUUGUUUUGGUUAAUAGCUUGAGAGUUCAGAGACACCAGUGGGAGACUGAUUGUGCAGGGAAGUGUGUCAUUUUUGGAAAUGAUGAAAAUAAAUGGAGCAACCUGGCCAGCCUUGUUCACAUCGGUGCAGAUGAAUGAUUCACUGUGGAGAGGUUAAUCACUAACAACAGUCAAUAACCUGAGUUUCUGUGAACAUACUGUUUGUAUCUUUAUUUAGAAAAGAAAUAACUAAAUAAAUAUGUGCCAAAACAUUACAUAGGCAACUUCCUAGUUCGUGUGCGUAACGGAAAUAUUUAAUUACUCCUUUUUUAGAGGACCAUAUAAGUAAUAAUGUGGCCUGCACAUGCAGGGAUGCUGCUGGGAUGAUGAAAGCAUCUGUUUGGCUAAAGUAAACAAAUUCCACAUUAACAGGGUUUCAACUUCAGGGUGCUUCCCUGUGCCAAAAGUCCCAUGAUUUCCCCCCCGCAUCAUCUCAGCUUGACUACCUUUUAGAAAGCUGAAGUGUUAUCUAGGGGAGUAGCAGGGAUUUUCCCCAUCCCUCUCACUCUGAGCUCAGCUCUGGGCUUGUGUUUGGAAACCAAUCAGAUAGGAAAUGGGCUUUAGGAGGACUUUCAAAGAGUGCUACUUUUAUUUUCACUUUAACUGUCCAUUUUUUUCUCAUCUUUCUUCCUAUUUUUCAACCUUUCUGAGUUAAGCUUCCCCCAAAAAAGUUCUCUGUCUGUGUGCUUCUCUUCUAUAUUUCUCAAGAACCAUUAACUCAGGAAAAAUUAGUUGUUAAACAUGUUUAUUACACAGACAGCAAGUUAAUCUAUGUCUUCGGCAGCUCCACGUCAUCCUGUGUGGCUUUAGAUGAUAAAAAUAUUGUCUGUACAGGACAGAUGAAAGAUGAGACGUCUAAAGCUCAUGGCCAAGUAAAAGUUUUUAACAGUGGGGUUUGGUUAUGGGAAAAGGCUGACAGCAACUCUGUCUCCUGUGUGGUGAUGGUACUGUGAAAAUUUAUUUAUUUUAAACUCUUUGUUUUGCUAAGUGCAGGAUGAAACUACUACAACUACUGAUUUCUUUCUGUUUCUCUGUCUUUUAGGUUCAGGUUCAGGCUAGCAGCUCCCUGGCUGUCGCACAGGCAUUGGCAGAUGACGUUGAUUGCCACGUGUUUCCUUUCAGAGAGUUUGGAAAGGGACGGAUAAAGAAGCUCCGCAUCAGCCCUGACGCAUUCAUCCAGAUUGGAUUACAGUUGGCGUACUAUCGGGUAAAACCUCAACUGGAUACACACACUCAUAAAACACACCACAUCUGAAGAUUAUUUUAAAGCCCUUAUGGAUCUCCCCAAAAAAACAAGAUCAUUGCACAAAAGGGUUAAAUGAGACCACUUGUUUUCUCUGUCGAGCAUGCCGGGGCCUGUCCUCAUGAACCAGACCUGGGUGAAUUCACAUCAGAUCAAAACUAUAUGAAGUAACAAGUCACUGAGGCUUCAUGUUGAAGCAGUAUGCCAAAUGGGAGAUAUUUUACAGUCUCAGGAGAACUUGAGGAAGUAUCGUAGUCCUCGGAGUAAAGUCAAACUGCUGUUGGUUUUGAAAAACAGAUACCUAGACAGCAAGAAGUCUCAGGAGAGUCAUAAACAGCUCGACACUCAGAGCCUCAUCUUUACGGCAUACUUUGAUAAGUGUCUUAUCUGGUCUUUGGUUUCAGCUUUGAGUGUCUCUGCCAGUGCCCACACAAAAUCUCUGCUGCACCCUUUUUCCUCAUUCUUGCUCUUUAGAUUACAGUGAUACUUGCGUAUUUGCGUGGUCUCGUCGGCCUCUCCCUGUCUGUUUAUGGCUUUGUCUGUCUCUCUAGAUUAGUUAAUUACAUCUGAUUCCUUCCUCCUCUGUCCUCUUCUUUUAACAAUCUUCAAAUAAAUGAAAAAUAACAACGCUAGCUUAGAAAAGCAUCACAGCUUUGUUUACUUCACAGACCAACUCCUUUAUUCACUCACCUUUCUGCAGGAUCGGGCAAGUUUCUGUUUGACCUACGAGGCAUCGAUGACCCGUCUGUUCAGGGAGGGCCGGACAGAGACCGUGCGAUCUUGCUCCAAUGAGAGCAGCGCUUUCGUCAAAGCGUUGGAGGGCGGAGAGGUACGCACAAAUGCCCUAAAUUCAGACCUUAAAGGGAUAUUCCAGUGUAAAAUUAAGUUAGGGUCAAACCAACUCUUACACAGAGUUAGACACCCCCUCAAGAGUAGAAUGUUGCUGACUGCUUGCUUCUCUAUUUAUACCAACUUUAUUAAUGACCACAGGAUAGCAAUACACAGCGGUCUACGUCUCCACACGCAAACCUCAACCAAAAAGCCACUCUAUAGCCACAAAUAAUGCUCAGAACAGCAUCUAACUACAUCAACAGUACAUAUAGUAUCCCAGUCAUAGUACUAACCACCAAACAUCUUGAUACCUGGUUGCCUGGUUUCUUUAGCAAAGAGACCGAACACAACUCACCUACUCUCUUCCAGCAGCUGCUUGUUUGUGGGGGAGCCCCGACAAGUCGAUCACCGAGUGCAGCAGAUCAUUUCCUUAAAGUAAUAAUCACAAUAUUAAUCAUUUUGCAUUGCAGACACGGUAGUUCUUCUGCCUUAGUGUCUCGGUCUGAUUGCAUUUCCAUAAAUAAAUGAUCAUAAAUGUUCUUCUUUGAGCUGCGAAACUCCGCUGCAAACAAGUGGCUUCUGGAGGAGAGUAGGUGAGUUGUGUUUAGUCUCUUUGCUAAAAAAAACAGGCAAAGCUAAAAAGAUCUUUGAAGAAGUAGAAGUAGACGCUGUGUAUUGCUAUCGUGCGGUCGUUACUAAAGUUAGUAUAACUAGAGAAGCAAGCAGUCUGCAACAUUCAUCUCUUGAGGGGGUGUCUACCUCGGUGUUACGAUGUUUGACCCUAGCUUAAUUUUACGCCGGACUAUCCCUUUAAGCUUGUCAGUAAGUUUUGUUCCCUGCUUAAAGAUAUCCUUGGGAAACUCCAAUGUGAUUAAAAGAUGUGAGUGAAAACAGCGUUUUUUCUGACAGGCUGAAGAGCAGUGCAGACAGCUCUUCAGACAGGCUUCAGAGCGUCACCAGAACCUUUAUCGCAUGGCUAUGACUGGAGCUGGGAUCGACAGACAUCUCUUCUGCCUCUAUGUAGUCUCCAAGUAUUUGGGGGUGGAGUCACCCUUCCUUAAAGAAGUGUGUUUUUUUGUUUACUUGCUUGGUUGACAAUCUAUAUUAACUUUAUUGACAGAAAUCUCCACUCCCCCACCCCUUCUUGACUUCACAUGUUCUUCUCUCUCAUCCACACACAUCUAAGGUUUUGUCCGAGCCUUGGCGUCUCUCCACCAGUCAGACCCCAGUUCAGCAGAUGGAGUUGUUUGACCUGAAGAACUACCCGGAGUAUAUAUCUCUGGGAGGAGGCUUUGGACCUGUGAGUGACACAUACACACACACGCAGUUUGUGCACUCUGUAAGCUGUUGUCUCUAACCCCAUAUGGUCUCUGUGGUCAUGUCAGGUUGCUGAUGAUGGUUAUGGCGUGUCGUACAUCAUCGUGGGCGAGGACAUGAUCAACUUCCAUGUGUCCUCCAAAUACUCCUGCACUGAGACUGUAAGUAAAACCUUCAUCAUGGAUUGUUUUAUUAAAAGUGGCUCAUCAAGUUUGAGAUCCAAGUGGGCAGAUCAUGUUUUCCUCCGCCAGGUAAAGUAUUUUUCCACAGAAAACAGGAGAACUUGGCUGCCUAUUGGUUCCUUUGAGUCAAAGCUUUCUUUGUUUGGGUGCACAUAUUGACCUUUGACAAAAGUGUAAACACGAACCACGGAAAGUGAAAAUUUUAUUAUCCUGCCUGUAAGAGCAUGUAGUGGAUGAUUUCACAUCUCAAACUAGCCCACACUCCAGGUUUUAUUGUGAAAUUAUCAGUAAUAAGUGGGUGAUGUUUGGCACUUCUCCUUAUCAAAGAGGCCAGAAGGAGUGUAAACAUGGAAGAUAAGUUGUGUAACCUGGUAGAUGAGGCUUUUAUCUUUCCUGUCAAUCUGGUAAUCUGGUGACAGUUUCUUUCAAAAUAACGUGUCUCAGGUGUCUCACUAUUACAGGUAGUUAGACAGACAGUGGAUAGAAGUCUUUUUUCAAAAUGAAGUCAGGUUUUGACGUUUUUCUUUGUAAGAUAAGGCUUCCGUCUUGCCACCCUACCCCAUAGCUCAGACAUAUGAAGACAGCGGGAGAUUGUUGUCCCAUGUACUACACAGCCAGUACUUGCCAGUAAUUCCUGCAGCUCCUUCAGUGUUGCUGUCGGCCUCUUGGAAGCCUCCCUGACCAGUUUUCUUAGUCUUAUCAAUUUUUGACAGAUGUCCUUUUCUUGGUAAUAUUACCGUUGUGCCAUAUUUUCUUUACUUGAUGAUGACUGUCUUCACUGUGUUCCAUGGUAUACUUAAUUCCUUGGAAAUUCUUUUGUAGUCCUCACCUGACUGAUAUCUUUGAAUAAUGAGAUCCCUCUGAUGCUUUGGGAGCUCUCUGUGGACCAUGGCUUGUGCUGGAAGAUGUGGCUACAAAAAUGUCAGGAAAAGCCACUAGAACAGCUGAACUUUAUUUGGGGUUAAUCAGAGGCACUUUAAUUGGUGACAGGUGUGUGCUGACUAAUUUAUCCUGAGUUUGAAUGUGAUUGGUUAAAUCUGAACACUGCCACAUCCCCAGUUAUUAAAGGGUGUGCACACUUAUGCAACCACAUGAUCUCAGUUGUUUAUUUUUACUUAACCUCCCUGAAAGAUUUCUGUUUGUUUUUUAAUUGUGUUGUGUUAUCACUGCUUGUACUUUCAUUUUCCAAUUCACUUUCUUUUCUCUUUUUUCACAUUUCAUUUCAAGCUCUGACAUUUCUGUCUCACCUGCUUCAAUGAGGUCUGCUUGCUAGCUUGUUUUCUUUUAGAAUUCUUUUUAUUGAGUUUUCCUUGGAUGUAUUUCAACACCGAAUGUCGAGGCACAAGAGGUUCACUUCAACACCAAAAAAAAGGGGAAAAAAUAGAUUAAAAAAUUAAUUAGAUGAAUAAAUCUGUAAAUAUUAAAGUAAAAAAGACAAUACCAAGAUCAUACAGAAUCAGAUUAUAACAAAACAGUACAAAUAAAAUAACCCUAUAAAGGAAAUAGAGAGGAAAAAGAUUAAUAAAGUCAAGUAAAAUGAACAAAAAAAAGAAAAAAAUAAUAAAAUAAAAAAGGUUAAAAAAAAGGAAAGAUGAAUAAAUUUGUAAAUAUUGAAGUAAAAAAAAAGACAAUGCCAAGAUCAUACAGAAUCAGAUUAUACCAAAACAGUACAAAUAAAAUAAAAUAACCAUAUAAAGGAAAUAGAGAGGGGAAAAAGUAAAAAAUAAAAUAAAGUAAAACAAACAAAAAAGAGUAAGAAAUAAUAAGAUAAAAAAAAAGGUUAAAAAAAAGGAAAGGAAAAAGUUUUAAUAAUUAUUAUAGAUAAAUAAAUAAAUAAAUUAGAUGAAUAAAUCUGUAAAUAUCAAAGUAAAAAAGACAAUGCCAAGAUCAUACAGAAUCAGAUCAUAUAAAAACAAUGCAAAUUAAAUUAAAUAAAAUAACCAUAUAAAGGAAAUACAGAAGGGAAGGAAAGUAAAACAAACCAAAAAAAGAGUUAAAAAAUAAUAAAAUAAAACAAAAAAGACAAAUACAAACACAAACAUGUAGGAAGGGACAACAAAUUCAGAGCCAGGGUCGAGUUGUGCAUUUAAUCACUUGUCCUCAGCUAGGGCAUAGCUAUAGUGGUUCCACUGAAAGUCCUAUCAGCUGACAAAUGACAAAUUCCUAUUGAACAGGUUUCAUGAAAAUUACAGACUUUGUUGGAUGACAGAUAGAUAUGAAGUUUUUUGUUUUUUAUGUGGAAAGCUGAUGUGGUUUUUCUUACUAAUGUUCAAGUCAUGAAACCGUUUUUGUCAUGUGUUCUUGUCAUGUGUUCUUGGUCUUGUAGCCCUUAUGAAUCAUUUUUACGGGGCAAGUGUGGGUUAAGCAUCUUGCCCAAUGAUACUUCAGCAUGUAGACAGCCCUGGGGUUGAACCCCCUAGUUUUCUAAGACAGCUGACUGUACAACUGAGUCACAGCCUUGAAAGAGUUGAGACAACACUACGAUGUUCAGAUAAGAAAGUUUUUGACCAUUUCAGACCCAAAUGAAACAGUGAUUGCGUGUAUAAUCGGAGCUUUUGCUUGAUAGUGGUGUGAGUAAUGUUGGGCUUAGUCAGCUGUGAUCCGAAUGAAAACAUUCACACUCCGCAUUCACUAGGACAACCCUGCACCUGCACAUACCUUUAAAAUGAAAAGACAGCCAAACUCCAAAAUAUCCAAACUUCCCCAGUUUUAGUUGCAGUUGAGUUGCAUCAGCUUCUCCUCAUUCUUGGCUGAAAGCCAGAAGACAGUCAGAGGACUGUUAGAACUGCUGUGCUGUCUGUUUCAGUUCCUCUUUUGGGUUUAUUGUGAAACUUGCUCAUGAAUGAACUUCAAGAAGCUAGACAGAUUUACGCCGUUAAUGAUACUUUCCGUUAUUAGAUAACUGUGCAAACUCACUCUGUAUCAGUUAUGUUCGUCAGGAGAUAUUAAAGUAUUUAUGUACAUAAUAAAUAACUUUUUAUUUAAAAAAAAAAAAAAGGUUCAAACUUUUCAGUAUACUGUAGAUAAAAGUUGUCUGUGGGCCUGUGUAAUGCUUUCUCUCUCCACCCUGUCGUCUCCUUCCUCUUCGAUCAUCAUUUAUGUCUUUUUUUUAUGCUCUUCCCUUUUUCUUGAACCCUCCUUCUAAAAUUUGAUUUUGUUCACUCAGGACUCGCACAGAUUUGGAGUUCAGAUAAGCAAAGCCCUUCUGGACAUCAUGACUCUCCUCUCUACUGAAAGCAAAACCUCUAAAGUCGCGGGCAAGCCACAGGCCAAGAAGCUCCUCUGAAUGCACCCGGGAGCAACUCAUCACGGGAGGGGCGGGGGGCACAGGUACUUUCCUUUCAAGUUUAGUGUAGACAAAACUGUUGUCUCCCAGUUAUAAUCUGCCGUGAAUGUGAGUAUAGUAAGUCAAAUCAAAUGGUAAUCUCAGUCUACAUCUCCCGCCAUUUUGAGACACAGCAAUCUGAUAUGUUUCACAACGCAGUCUGCGACACACAGUGAAGAUGUUACACAAGUGAGCGGCAGCAGCUUAUCAACAUUCGCCCCCUUCAACUCAAGGAGAAAAAAAUCACACAUAAAACAGAAACCCAUCUGGGUGAGAGCACAUCAGCCAAGAGCUUAUCAGGAUUUGCAAUGACCUCCCUCCCAAAACACAUUCACCCUUCAACCCGCUUGAAUAUAUUUGACAUCUUUAAAGCGUCAAAGUGUUCAAUCUGUCAGUGUUUGUUUUCAUUGUUCUGUGAGCUGUGUCCAAUAUGUCAGUGAGAUUAAGCUUGGCAACAUAUAAAUGCAAAACGCUUGCAGAUCCCUACUUUUGUUUUUUGUUUUUUUCUGAGUACAUGAAACCUAUGAGGCGUCCGUCUUGAAGAAGAGGACGCAGAGGUGAUUGCUUAAGAAGGAAGUCUUUAGGAGAGAAAGAGGGACACAUAGGGCGAAAGGGCAAACAGCAUUAAGAGACCCCCAAAACUGUUGUUAAUGUAAAAGAUGAAACCACAGUUUAUCACACUUAGCUUAAAUCUGGGAAAAAACUGUGAGAAAAUGUCAGAUAUUGUGCUAAAGCAGGGAUAAAUCUCAAUAAAGGGAAAUGGCUUUUAAGAGCCCUCUGACCAAAACGCCUUUGUCGCCUUUAAUUUGAUGUCUUCACUGGGACUGGAAGUUUAUAAACGAGACCAUGAAAGACCCAGUGUGGGAACGCCAAAUGCACAUUUUCCCAGUGAUUAAUCAGAGUUACUUUGUUAGUCACCUGAUCUAUACAUGAGUCAUAAGUUUAUGUCAAAAUCAGGAGUGUAACUUCUGAUAUAAUCAUAGAUCUAUUUUUGGCCAAGAUCAGAUGAGCUCUUCAAAUUUUACUCUGACCGUUUUUAUUUAAAAACUGUGUUAUAAAAAAGAAUGGACGGUAGGGAAAUAAAUGCAGAUCCGUUAUUUUCUAUUGAUGUUUUUUUUACUUUUACCGUUGAUUUUGUCUGUUAAAUAGAUCGCUUUAAUAGGGUGGAGGUUUUUAACGGUAUUUUAGGGGAUUUGCUUCAGCUCAUCAGAUACAAUAGAGAUUUAUUGCUGUUGAAUGAAAGCACUUGAAUGUGGUAGUUCCUGUUCUCUCUGUUCGUCACUCAUCCUGAUGAGUUCAUCUCCAAAUCUAGCACACUAUCAAGGGCAUAAACGGAGCUCCUCUGCUCCCUUUAGAAAUGAGUUUUCUACAAAGACUUUCAAACAGUAACAAAGCUGUGGCAUUUUAAAUCAUGUGUGCCUACGUUCUCUAUUCAUUCAGACAGUUUCAAUGCAAUCUCUAAUCAAUGCAACUCCUGAGGUGGACCAUGUAACAUUUCCUGAGCAUCUUUAUUCUCUUUAUGCGUGUAAAUAACAAUGAAGUGAUUGGAUGUGUUUUCACGUGUAGUGAUGUAGUGGUGAAACAAACAGAUCAAGUAAAGUCGUAACAGCUGAAUAUUAGAGAAGUAAUGAGGAUUGGAAAACACCUGUGGUUUGACUCUUUACCACACAUCUGUUCGUGUAUCUAACUAUGUUUCUACUCUUGGAGAGCUCUUCGCUUCAUAUUUUGAUAUCUUCAGACCACAGUGGCUUCUGGUUCCCUCAGGUUCAGCACUAACUAGCUCAUUUCCUCAAAUGUUGACUGCCAGAGCAGCUGCUUGUAUUUCAUCACCCCUCUGAGCAUUUCUGUAGCAGGAUACACUCACAACUUUUCUACUUCAGUCAGGAGGCAGAAACAGAUUCUUGUUUUCUCCUCUUGUCUUAGUGCUUUAUUUAGAUAUUUUAGAUUCUUCUUUUUUUUUUACUUGUUACAGCCAUUCAUGGUCCCAGGAGGAGACGCAGACAUUUAAAAAAAAUCCUAAACCGGUCACGACUUGUUUUACAGGGUCAGGGCCUUCAGAUGUUAACUUGAUGGGUGUGUUUACGCAUGACUUCUUAUAGAGUGUGAACAUCUACAUGUAGCAGCUUUAAGAGGAGCUCAAGUUCAACCCAAUGAGUACAAUCCUGAUCACUGUACAUGGUGCCCUCCUUCAUGCCUCAGCCUGCCUAUAAAACCUGGAACCUUUCCAGUCAACUUUUGCCUUAUUGUCCUCGACAGGAAGUUACUAUCCCUGAAUAUGUAAGAGAUCAUGUAACUGAUCAGUGCUUUCAGGCGCUUCACCCCUGGGGUGAUGCGACACUCAUAAAACACAGCAAACUACCACGGUUAAAAAAACAGUUAAUGCAAAAACUCUCCUCUCUUCCUUUCUUACUGUUUCUUCUUUGCCGUUUGUAAACUGCUCUUUUAACUCGAUUAACAGCGUCAUUUAAAUAUUUUUGAUGAAUUUGUUGGUAUUGUAGUUUUUAAUAAUAUGAUCUCUCAUGUUUACUGGUUUUACACCCUGAAAUAUUCUAAUUGCUGUUGUUUUUUUUUUGUAUUGCAUUCUGAAACAAAUUCAAAAGUCAGUUGUGGAUUUUGUGAAGAAGACCUUUUUUUUAAGAUGGUGCUGGUGAGUGAAAUAAAAUACUGACCCUACUCUGCAUUUGUGUCUGUUUUGUUCUUACACCCUGACCUGCUACUCUGAAGCUGAAUACAAUCAUCUCCAGACCGCGAUGAGGUUUCAUAUCUGUUAUUAAAACUCUCUCGUGGCUGAAAGAUGCUUUGGUUCAAUAUACUGAUUUAACUUAAGUACAACUGUUAACUAUUGCUCCUGUACUCUGAUGUUUUAAACUGAGCUGCUUCAUUUCCUUCAGUAACAGAGGUGAGCUUUCAUACCCAGUGUUCCUUUACCCCACAUGUCAACCCCAGUAUGAACCCAGAAGUGACAUGGCAAAACAAAAACAUGAGGCUGACUGAAUCUAUGCUUCAUGCUUAAAACAUGAAAACCGGACCAAUCACACCCCAACUCUCCGCCUGAUCUCUGCUAACAGUUGGCUGCUCAUUACAGUGCAUGUUGCAUCUUGCAUUGUCCCCUUUGAUUGUUUCAUUUGUGAAAGUUGUUUGAUGCUUGGGAAGACUUGAAAAAACUACAUUCACCAAGAGGGGACAGUGUAGAAAAAGGAUUCAAGGCCUGCUCUGGGCUGGGUUUGUGUGCCAAAACUCCAGACGGCGAUUUUUAGGAUUAAUUACUGGAAAAAAGUGCCCUAAAUAUUCGUCCAGACAGGAAAAUCACCCAAUGUGGGAUCCAAAAGUAGAGUAGUUGGCAGGGUGUUCUUGGAGACUCUUGAAUUCCAAAAAGCUAAAGGGACUUUAGCCACUCAGUAAAGAAAGUCUCAGCUCUCCUCCUUUGUUAAUGUUUUCUAGAGGGGCCCAAAUUUAAUCCAUGAAUCAGCAAAUACUUGACACAAUGCCAAGAGAUCUUUCUUUUGAUGUGCAGGAACCUUACAAGCAGACUAUUUGUAGUCAUUAGAAUGGCAUUUUCCAUAACCUACUGAACCCACAAAGAGGCCCUGGGGAGACACUUUUUACAUGUUGUACCCUGGAGGGGAAACUAGAGGGCACUUAAUCAUGUAAUGACUACCUGAAGGGCGCCAAAGAGCACAUUUUAUGGUGUUUUAUCUGCUGUAGAGGGAGCACUUCUAUGUUUAUCUGAACCUGAGUGCAGACUUUGACAAAACGAGGCAGUUACAGUUAUAAGGGGAGAGAAAAGGGGACAGCAAGUGUGAUCCCAUCCACUCUACAUGGUGCUCCUCUUCAUGCCUCAGCCUGCCUACAAAACCUGGAUCCAUUCCAGUCAACUUUUGCCUUAUUGUCCUCGACAGGAAGUUACUAUCCCUGAAAUAUGUAAGAAAUCAUAUAACUGAUCAGGCCCCUCACUCCUGGGACAAUGGGCUACUUGGCAGCUACAAUAUUUAAUGAUGAGACAACUUUUGCAAUGACUGCCCUUUGCACUCUCUGCUGUUGUGUGUGUGUGUAUUACUUUUUUUUGUUGUUGUUGCUGCAGAGAAUCACAGUGGAGACUGAGUGAAGCAGUAAGGAACAGUGAGAAACAUCUAUGAAAGUCUUCUUUCACUUCCUUCAAUACACUUUAUUCAAGGUUCACUUUAUUUUUGACAUUCAACGUGUAGUGAUGGAAAAUGUCAGCACACAUACUGUAGGUGGAAUGAGGUCUACACAGCAGGACCCGCCUUGUUCAGCCUCCUCAGGAAAUACCGCCUUUUCUUUCCGGUGGCUGUGUUCAUGUUUCACGUGAGGUCACUGCAGAGGUGUGUUUCUCCUACUUCUUGAAGCACUUUGGGGGAUGUCACAAAUGUUAUGUGGGGAGUGGGUUAUAAAUUAACGUACCACUGUUAUGAUGAUGAUCAUUAUUUAUUACUGAAAACAUCUACAUUGUUCUCAGCAGGGGGAUCUGUGGUAUAAAAUUACUCAUAAAUACACUCAUGGUAAGGGAGACUGGGGUAAGUUGAGCCACCUCCUGUUGUUUGGAAAUGGUUAAAGAAAUUGAUCAUGUGACCAAAUAUUUAGGAGAUGGGCAUCAAUUCAUGGAGUCUGUGAAGGAUAGAAGCACAUGUGUGAAGGGGUUAGACAUUUAUUUUUUUAAAAAGUGAAUUUAGUCUGUCAAAAGUUUUAUUAGUAUUGUUUUCAGACCAAUAAAGUCAUUUUAAAUUUUUUAUAUAUAUAUCAAUUGUGGUAUCUAUGAGUUACA